AUGGUGGUGAUUCACAACUUGUAUACCUGCAACGAACCAUCUUCAUCCACAACCACCCAGCACGGUCACAUUCCUAUAUUACGUAACGCCGUGUCGCUGCCAGAUAUAAGAAGCAGAGCAAAGAAGAAGUCCUCGCCGUUGAAAAAAGAAAUCAGCAACUCGAAGCUGUCAAAAAAGGUUGGAUUCUUCAAGAAAAUCUCCAUUGAGUGGAACCUACUUUUGUUUAAACUCAGGUCGAUUCUGGAAGAAGUGUUCAACACUGACGAACUUGUUGACGAUCUCUUUGUAGACGUAGAAAACGACGACACUUUAGAUAGACUCAUUAAGUCCAACAAGGGAUACAACUCAGCUAGCGAAGCUUUCCUUGAAGGAUAUAAAAAGUACAAGAGCUUGGACCGCAUGGCCGCUAUCCACUUGAAGAACGAAGAAGUCAAGUCUUCCACGACCUUCGUAUCAGAUAGCAAUCACAACAAGAUGAGUUGUACGUUGCAAGAUUUCAUACAGCAAAGUGCAGGCAACAGCAAUGUCAACCUGGAUAUGAACUCUAGAAGUCCACAUCCAGAUAUUCCAAUAGAAUUAGAUGUCGAUAGCGACAGAGAAGAUGGCAUGGAUGAUGAAUCAGAAGAGGAAGGCGAAGGAUAUCUCAACGAAAUCAAUUUCCGUGAUCUUGACCUCUGCAAGUUGAAGCAGGAGUUUGAAAUCCACGCGAAGAACGAAUCGCCUGCUAUGGACAGCGGUUCAUCACGUACAACUUUGCAUAUGAACCUUCAAAUAGACAACAUUGGUACUUCACUCUGGGAAUACCGCCGUUCCAAAUGGCUUGCAAAUGACGAUCCCCAAAAGGUUGAGAAGCGUCUUCGCAAGCUGUCCAUCAGCCACAUACCCCGUGACUUGUAUGUUAAGAUAUACAACAACUUGGUAGAUAAGGGUCGUCUUCUCAAGAACGAGAAACGCAUCAAUCUCGAGGACUUGGUCAAAAUCAUCAACGCCGGUUGGAUUGCGGAGGAGAAAUGGGAGAGAGCAGCAAGAGGCUUGCCAUGA